UGACUUGCUUAUGGUAUGUCGACAACUAAACAUGGAGGAAUCAGUGGCAGAGAUUAUGCAUCAGUUGGGAGCAGAUGAGAAUGGGAAAAUCUCCUUUGAGGAUUUUGCACGCUGCCGUAUGCAGUUGGUAUCUGAAAUAAGGAAGGAAGAAGGUGAACUCUCGGUGAAGUCGCAUGAGUCUUGCAAGAAAAGAAAAUUACGUGACCGCAUAGCUUCGUGGCCAACUAGUAGCGAUAACAGCCUUGGUGCAAUGUCAGGAGCCAGGGAGAGCUGGGAGUAUGAUUCUGGAGCUCGAGAUCUUCAGAGUCCAGAACUACAUAAUAGUCAUCCAGUGCUUCAGAAACUAUUAGAAUGUGGAGCAGCUAGCCUGGAUCAGCAAGUCGCUCUGCAAAAACUCUUGGCACAGGCUUCAAGCCUAAGCCAUCCCAUGAGUGGCAGUUACUUGGAGCUAGCCAACACACUACAUUUAGCGGCCCUAGCAUCAUUAAAAACAGACAUAGUGGAUCUCAAUAAAAGACUCCAACAUACAGAACGGGAGAGGGACUUGUUAGAAAAGAAGUUGGCAAAAUCUCAGUGUGAACAGUCUCAUCUAAUGAGGGAGCAUGAAGAAACUCAGGAAAGGGCAACUCUGCGCUAUGAAGAACGUAUCACUGAGCUUCACAGUAUAAUUGCAGAAUUAAAUAAGAAAAUUGACAGGCUUCAGGGGACAACAAUAAGAGAAGAUGAUGAGGGUUCAGAGCUGCGUUCAGAACUUAGCCACAGCCAACAGGAGGCAAAUGAUGAUGCUCGAAGUAUAGAUCAGGAUCAAACCUCUGCGUCUGUGCCUGAGAACCAGUCAAUGAUGGUCUCUGCAGAUAUAGAUAACUGUAGUGACCUCAACUCGGAGCUCCAGAGGGUAUUGACUGGGCUGGAGAAUGUAGUCUGUGGAAGGAAGAAGAGCAGUUGCAGUCUUUCAGUGGCAGAAGUGGACAGACACAUUGAACAACUAACCACUGCCAGUGAACACUGUGACCUAGCUAUAAAGACUGUCGAGGAGAUUGAGGGUGUACUGGGACGUGACUUCUAUCCAACCCUUUCUGAAGAGAGAUCUCGAUGGGAGAAGGAGUUAGCUGCACUUCGGGAAGAAAACGAAAGCCUCACGGCAAUGCUGUGUAGCAAAGAGGAUGACCUGAACAGGACAAAGGCAACUAUGAAUGCUAUUCGUGAAGAAAGAGAUCGGUUGCGUAGGAGGGUUCGGGAGCUGCAGACACGUUUACAAAGCAUACAAGCAACUGGCCCAGCUAGUCCGAGUCGUUUGACUGCAGCCAAUCGACCAGUCAACCCCAGUACUGGUGAGCUGAGCACUAGCAGUAGCAGCAAUGAUAUCCCUGUUGCGAAGGUGGCUGAACGAGUAAAACUGUCAAAGACAAGGUCGGAAUCUUCCUGUUCAGAUCGGCCAGUUCUGGGUUCAGAGAUCAGCAAUAUUGGAGUGUCCAGCAGUGUAGCAGAACAUCUAGCCCAUUCUUUGCAAGACUGCUCCAAUAUCCAAGAAAUCUUUCAAACUCUGUACUCUCAUGGUUCGGCUAUUUCUGAAAGCAAGAUCCGUGAAUUUGAAGUGGAAACUGAAAGGUUAAACAGUCGAAUUGAGCAUCUAAAAUCACAGAAUGAUCUUCUAACUAUAACGCUGGAAGAGUGCAAAAGCAAUGCUGAAAGAAUGAGUAUGCUAGUUGGUAAAUAUGAAUCCAAUAGCACGGCGUUAAGGCUUGCACUGCAGUACAGUGAACAGUGCAUAGAAGCCUAUGAGUUACUGCUGGCACUGGCUGAAAGUGAACAAGGACUCAUUCUGGGACAGUUCAGAGCUGCGGGUGUUGGAUCUGUUGGUGAUCAAAAUGGUGAGGAAAACAUAACAAUGAUGUUAAAGAGAGCACAUGACUGCAGGAAGACAGCAGAGAAUGCUGCAAAAGCACUACUAAUGAAACUUGAUGGCAGCUGUGGUGGAGCAUGUACUGUAACAGGAUGUAGUAUUCAGCCCUGGGAAAGUCUGUCUUCUCAUAGCCACACCAGCACUACAAGUUCAACUGCUAGUAGCUGUGAUACAGAGUUUACAAAAGAAGAUGAGCAGAGGCUAAAGGAUUAUGUUCAGCAGCUUAAGAAUGACAGAGCAGCAGUCAAGCUAACUAUGUUAGAGCUAGAAAGUAUUCAUAUUGAUCCACUUAGUUAUGAUGUUAAACCUCGGGGAGAUAGUCAACGACUUGAUUUGGAGAAUGCAGUUCUAAUGCAGGAACUCAUGGCUAUGAAGGAGGAAAUGGCAGAACUUAAAGCCCAGCUUUAUUUGAUGGAGAAGGAGAAGAAAGCACUUGAACUGAAGCUGAGCACUCGAGAAGCCCAGGAACAAGCUUACUUAGUACAUAUCGAACACCUAAAAUCGGAAGUAGAAGAACAAAAGGAACACCGUGUACAAUCUCUCAGCUCAACCAGCAGUGGAGGAAAGGAUAAACAAGUUAAAGAAUGCAGUGAUGGGGUGACUCAUCCUCUAACUGAACUCAGAACUCUCAAUGAUACUGAACUUGCAGUUGAGCUAACUAAUGCAUUAAAGCGAGAGAAAAAAAUGAAAUCCCGUGUUCAAGAAUUGGUAACUGCUUUAGAACGAAUGACAAAAAGCAGUGAAGUGCGACAUCAGCAGUCUGCCGAAUUUGUUAAUGACCUCAAACGAGCAAACAGUAAUUUAGUGGCAGCCUAUGAGAAAGCGAAGAAGAAACAUCAAAACAAAUUGAAAAAACUGGAAGCACAAAUGAUGGCAAUGGUGGAGAGGCAUGAGACGCAAGUAAGAAUGCUAAAACAGAGAAUUGCGUUGCUGGAGGAGGAAAACUCUAGACCUCAAACAAAUGAGACAUCACUCUAAGAAUAUAUGCUGAUGCUACUGAUGAUGUAAUUCAUCAGUUCUGCCACGUCGACUAAGAAGAUUUAAAACAUGAGACUAGGAAAUGUGAUUUGACACCUUUCUUCUAAUCAGUAUGCACAUAUCUAGUUCUCGCAUGUAAAGCGCUAACUUAACAUUUCUUGAGAAACCAUGUAUAUAAUAAGAAUGAUAGAAGUGGCACUGGACCAAAUAUGGGCCACCAGUAGCCUAUACCCAUUCCUAAGCAUAUUUGCAUAUCUAAAGGAAGAUGCAUUUUUAAAUAUGGUCCAAUUACAGCAAAUUGACAUUUGGAAUUGCUUUACAAGUGGCUAUGUGUGACCAUUAUGUUGUAUCAAACAGGCACAAAAUUGUACAGCAAAAAAUUUAAAGAUUAAUAGAUGCUGCUGGGAGAUGCUAACUUUCCACCAUCGUUAAUGUUCUGUUGAAGUUCAUGAAAAUUACAAAUACGUUCUAUCAAACAUGUUAAACUAUUUUCAUAACACGUGAAGCAGCUGUACUACCAUUGUCAAGGUAAGCUUAGUGCAAAUUAAUUCUUAUGUUGAGGACUGGAAUCUUUAGGGUCGAAGUGAUGUGGGCUGUAGCAAGAUUUGUGGCAGAAUCAGAUGCAAAGUCCAGCAAAGCCAAUCUCACUCCAUUUCUGUUUUGACAAGGAGUGUGGCUAGUUUCUUGCGAGGAAGCAAUGAGUUCCCAAUGAAGGGGAAUUGUUGCUUGUUAAGUGUAUUGUUAAUGGUACAGCUAGUUUCAUUAAUAUUUGGCUUCCUAGCUUACCAAAUGUGCCAAACAAGCUAGAUAUCCAGAAAUUUCAACAUGGAAAUGAAAGUGGAUACCUGGCAAAUUCAGCUCGCCACUUGCUCCAAAGGACUGCCAUGUUGGACACAGGACACCAGCAUCUCAGGGCAUGAUCCAUGGACCAAGCAUAGGCAACAUGUCCUCAGACAUUGGUGUCUGAUGUAUCAGUUUCUGAGAACUCAUGUGGAACAUCUGUGGUCCACUUACAGUACGUUUCUACCAGUUAGCGCAGCAGUAAUUAUCAGUGUAAUGCUGUAACAAGAACACUGUACAGGAUGUGUGUCCAGACUGUCCACUUGCUAAUAUAGUGCUCACUCAUCUGAGCAUACCUGAAUGUUCACAGCAUCCUUGCCUUGCUUUGCCUUUUUAUGCUUUGCCCCCUCAGGCAGAGAUACCAAGCUCAUAAUCACGCCAUCUUGCUGUGCUGUUUAAUGCAAAAUUUGUCAUUGUUGUCAGCAGGCCUCAGUCCAGGGACAGUCUUCAGUCUGAGCACAGUAAGUCAUGAAUCACCUCCAAUACCAGUCCAGGGACUUAGAAAUAGUCAGCCAGCCACUCUGGCUGUCAGAGCCAGGAUCCUUUGAAGAGAGAUGAAGAGCCAAAUGUUAGGUAGCUCACCACCUGUCUUGACUCUAACUUGUUAUGGGCUGAGUUCCUCCUGGAAUGAGAGAGAGGUUGGUAUUAAAGGGGAUAAAAAUGGGUGACACAGCUGCUACUUUUGGUACAGGUAGGAAGAUAUCCCAAGCGAGCGAUUAGCAGCAUUGAAGGCAUGCUGGGUUAGUGUUGUCAGGGUUUGGGUGGGUGUCAGCAAGUGAGGGAAGAUUUUGCAGCCAUUAGUGAGAGUGGUGGAGAUGAGCCUUGGUAGGAGAUGAUUGCAGUCAUCGAAAUAAUGUGUGUGAGGUUUCAAAGAGAAAAUGGUGGCAAUUACACUGGUGCGGUGGAGAAGGUCAUUGACCUCCUUUCUACAUUACUGUGAAUUCCUCCAGACGGUUGAGACUGCUUUAACCCAGCAACCUUGGACCUUGCUGGCAUGGUCUGGUGUUAUGGCCAUGAAUGCUGGUCCUUGGGGAAGAGGAAAAUGUGUAUGCACCACCCUACUCAGCAGGACUUCCAGAUCCUUGCCCAUAAGAUAGGAUUCCAAUUUUCCCACCCAUUUGCCUUGUCCAGGACAAAUCAGGAACUCUGUUGGGUAGCUCUGAACUGACAGUACAGGCAGUUUUCCAGGCACAAGAUUUGUUAGCGAAUUCUGGAAUAUCUGCUGACUGGCAGGUUUUUUUGGUCACAGCAUGUGGUGGCUUGGGUCUGGAAUCAGAUGUAAUGGAUGCCAUAAAGGUGGGUAGUUAAUGCAAGUUUAAGAUGUGGUCAUAAAACUCUCGCUCGGUCUCAUGGUGAAAAACCCUUCAAUAACUUGAUGCAACUCAGACAUGGACAAAAAAACGAAGAUUCAGCCCAAGGUGUUUCAUGUAACACUGUAGAAUCAGGGAGCAAAUAACUGGAAAAAUGUUUCUGAUCUCUUUGGACUACAUUUAUAUUUUGUUAAUCAAUGUUUUUUUAGGAAUACUAAAGUAUUGUAUCCCACCCACCAUUUAAUAUUAACCAGUCCAUAUUACGUGCUUACAGAAUGGGGCUACUUUGUGGUUAAAAAUGAGGUAUAGGAAAAUAAUCCUUGGUAUUUUUCAUUACUUUGUUUAAGACACAAAUAUAAUUGUUCAUAACUCUUCAAUUAAUCAUUUUACCAGAAUGGUACCAGUUACCAUAGCAGGUGAUAUUUGGUUUGGAUUAUUAUAUUGUUUUGAACCAAAAUAAUUUGAUGUUGUUGAACAUCAGUCAAUUAGGAGCUGAUCACGUUGGUUUCAUUUGUAGAAAGUUUUUUUCAUUAUUGGUUUAAUUUCUUAAUUCUACAUAUUAUGGCUAAAUAAUCACAGAAAUGGAAAACCAAGGGUACUAUUGUUCGUAUGGGAAAAUUGUAGUGUGCAUCCACGUAGCCCUUUCCACCAUUUUCUCAUGCAAUUUUCAGAGAGCUAUUGUCAAAUCAUUUUCAUCUUUUGAUAAGUGGAUCAGUCAAACAGUAUAUUUACAAGUAUUUUAAAGGUAUAUUUGGAGAAUUUGCAUCUUAUUGCCUGAUCUUGCAUGAGUUAGAGCUCCAGAAAUUAAACCUUGCAGUCUGAUUUGGGAGUUUUAAAUUCAACUCAUAGUUCAGGUAUUUAUUUCUUUAAAUUACAUACUUUUGUUUAGUUCCAGAAGCUAAUAUCGCAAAAGAUUUUGAUGAAUCCAUUGCACGUUUUGGCAUUGCUAUUUUCUGCAGGUUUCUAUUAUCUCCAUUAAUUGGAAACCUAUUAUUUUGUGAAUUGAAGUGCAGUAGUUCAAGAAGGAAGCUCACUACCAUCAUCUCAGGGGCAGCAAGACUGGGUAAUUAAUGCUGGCCAGAUGCAGUCAUAGUUGUACAACGAUUAAACAAAUUUCAAAUGAUUGAGGAAAAUCACUGAGUUGAAUUUAUUGUUUAAACUAAAUGCACCCUGCAUUGGAAUGUCUCUUCAGUGGACCUUUCUUAUUUUAAUAUCUUUGAGAAACUGAUAUCCACAUACAAUCUUUCCAUCAAUCAGGAUAUUGGAGAUGAUCAAACAAAAUAAAGCCAUAAUUAUCUAAGAUAACAAGGUGUAGAGCUGGAUGAACACAGCAGGCCAAGCAGCAUCAGAGGAGCAGGAAGGCUGACGUUUCGGGCCUAGACCCUUCUGUGUUCAUCCAGCUGUACACCUUGUUAUCUCAAAUUCUCCAGCAUCUGCAGUUCCUACUAUCCCUCCCAUAAUUAUCUAACCUCUUUGGCCUUGUCACACCCGGCUGAACAGUCAUUUCUAUUCUGAAUGACUACUCUAUUAUUAUGUAAUAUAACUGCUUUUAUUUUGCAAUAGAUCGAAAUCUGCUAAGCUUCUAAAUGCUUCCCAAAGAAUGAAAACUGUUGUAGUAACAAUGAUUUUUGAUUAGAGUCUGUGAGCUCCUUGUGAAAUUGUUACACCUUAUUUAAUAGAAUAAAGAAAAACUUGUGCUUUAUCUUAGCUUUCAUGAUCUCAGGAUGUUCCAAAAUGCUUUACAGCCAAUAAGAAACGUUAUUAGUAGGGAACACAAAUCCAAUUUAUGCCUGGCAAGCUACCAUAAACAGCAAUUAUAUAAAUCAUUACAUAAUCUGUUUCAAAUGCUGCAGAAGGAAUGAAUAGAAUAGGAUGAUUCUUUGCCUUUGCUUUGUGUUAUUUCACAUUGCAGUUAAUUUUCAAGUUCAAACACUGAAGAUGAAAAAGAAAUUAAGUGAAAAUAGCUGUCACUUGAAGUGGUUCACAGAAUUCUCCACUAUGAAACCAACAUUUGAUCUUUUUUCAACAAAAUUAAAUCAAAAAUAACAUUAAUACAUCACACUUCUGGAGCACUUGGAACGGAUUACUAGACAAAUGGCCACUGUAUAGCAGAGGCCUGCUGCAAAAGAUGUACCUAUGGCAAAUUAGUGUUUAUACCCAAAUGCUAAGGCAGACUGGUGCUUCCACCUUCUAUUCAAAUACAGUUUUGAAGAGGUUAACAUUCACAAAUAAACAUGAAUUUUCAUUUACACUUGUAUAUAAAUAUAGUAAUUUCUUUUUAAAAAUAAGAUAUACCGAAGACCCUGGUUUUCUAUACCAAACUCAAGUGUAUCUCUAUUUCCUCUAGGCAGGAAUAAAGUUCUGAUUAUGUCAUAUUUGUCCUGUCUUACAAUUAAACAUGUAUUUGUGCAUAAGUUUAGGACAAUGUUACAACCAUUAUAAGGAAAGUGUUAGUUUAUUUCACAAGCCUUACAGGAGAUUGUUCUUGUAGUCAGGAGGAUUAAAGCUUAUAGAAUAGAAUUAUUGGGGUAUCCUGACCCAAAAUAUUACUUAUUACAGGUGCUUUCCCAAUUGAUUUAUCAAAACUAAUUAUGAUAUGCAGAGUAUACUUUGUAUCAUUUAAAGAUGGAUACAUAUAACCACGUUUCAGUUCUGCUUUCAUUUUAAUAACUGUCCAAUAUGUACUGGAGUUUGAAAAUUGUUUUACAUAAAAUUAUUUAAAAUAUUUGUAAAUUAGUGCGAAAGCAAGUGUUUUUAAUUUAUCAUUUAAAAGUAGUAUAUGAGAUAAAAGAACAAGAUUAUUUAUUUCCCUGAGCAUGGUUCAUAUAUAUGUCACUUUAUUCCAGUUACACGUAAUAUAGAAGACAGGAGUUCCUGUUCAUGAUAUAAUGUAGAUAUUUCUAGAGCCACUGGAAGGGACAUAUCCUUGACUGAAAUAAGAAAGCGAACCUUGAAUACUAAAGGAAAUGCAAUCUGAAGUGAGUUUAUGAAUUGAAUGUGGAUAUCUUCAAAGUGGCAUUCAAAACUUAACAUCUCUCCCCAGUCUAUCUCUGAUCAAAGUUAAAAUCAUGAAACAAAAAGAAUGAUUGAGAAGCACUAGUAAGUUCAUAUGCAUUUAUCUUUGGGCCAUAUUUACUAUGUGUUUAGGAUUAUGUCAAGUUAGUUGAAUACCACUUCCCUUUAUUGAACCCUGUAUUGUAAAUUUGUGAAGGGUUUUUUCUUGGGGGGGGUGCGCGGGAGGAAGGGUGGUUCAGGGGAACCGGAAGGAAAUUCUGAAUGUGGAAUCCUGGUCAGAUAAUAUGAGGAAUGUCACAAGCCGAGAUGGUAAAUAUGUGACAGCACUAUUGACUUACCUUCUACACUUAUAGUAAGAUGUACAGCUGUUUUUUAAACAAGAUUUUUGGAUUAUAUUUACAUGUAAGAGGUCCAAAUGGCUAGUACCUACACCACAUUAAGUUGUUCCAGAUCUGCUUGAUUUGAAUUUUGAGAAUUUGAGCACCCCUGAUCUUUGAGGGUUAUGAUUUGUAUAUCCUCCUAUUUAAGUUUGUAACUGCUCGACUUUAUAGUUUUCCUACUUGCUGUAAAUGUAAAACGAUUUGUUUUAUAAAAAAAAUGUACAAA